UGGAAGGGGUGUGAGAUGGUGGUGUGAUGGUCGCACUCGCAUCACGCUCAGAAAAGGGAAGAGUUAGAAAAGAAGGGCAGUGCUGGAGAAUUGAAUAUUACUAUUAUUGAAUUCCAAACACGCCUCUGCCUCUGUCUCUGCCUCUCCGAUCCGAAUCGUGAACUCGGGUUGGUGAUGGAACAAAGCUUUUGAUCGAGUUUAAAGCCAAAGGGAUUGGAUUGGUUUGGAUUGGGUUGGAUUGGAUUAGAUUUUAUUAGAUUGGUUUUGAUUGAAUUGGAUUGGAUUGUGCUGUUUAUCUAUGGGGACUGAAAAUCCCGGUCGUCCGGGCUUCCCUGCAAGACCUGCUUCUUUGCCUUUUGCCGCCGCUCCGCAGACUGCCACACCUUUUUCAUCAACCGGGCCUGUGGCUGGAUCAGAGCCUCCUUCUUUCAGACCUACUGCUAUGCCUCCUCCUCCUCAGGCAUCCUCGCUGUUUUCAUCUUCAGGACCUCCAGUUAGACCAGGCGUGCCUGGUUUUAGACCUGCACCACCAGGCACGUUCAAUGACCCAUCAGUGCCUCCUCCUCAGCCUCCAUCGGCCAAUGCCCCGCCUGCUGCUGGGACUUUCCUGCGCUUUCCACCCCCACCGUUUUCCUCAUCAGGUCAAGUGCCUCCGCAGCAGCGUGCUCCAUUUGUGGGGCCACCGCCCAUCCAGCAAUCUGGAAGUCAACCACCAUCUUUUCCAUCACCUCCACAGCCUCAGACCCCUUUUGUUCAAAUGGGGUCACCCCCACAGAGUAUCAGUCCUGCACCUAUGGGCUCAAAUGUGCCUCCCCCUACACCUACACAUCAGCCGCCGUUUCCUGGAUAUGCCCGCAUGCAGCAACCUCCACCUGCACAUUCCUCUUUCCCCCCGAGUCAAGGAAAUUAUGGACCUCCCCCACCACCAGUGUCUUCUCCCUUUUUGCCUCAGCCAGGAGGUUAUGCUCCAUCGCCCGCAGUGGCUGCUCCUCUAGGCAUGCAGCCGCCAGGAUCUGGCCCCCCUAUUGGUGGCAUUCAGGGCUUGGCAGAAGACUUCAAUUCCCUUACAGUGCAAACUCGUCCUGGAACAAUGGAUCCAUUGUUUGAUUCCAGUGAACUUCCCAGGCCGUUGGAUGGUGAUGUGGAGCCGAAGAAUUUGGAUGCCAUGUAUCCUAUGAACUGCCAUCCCAGAUAUCUAAGACUCACAACAAGUGCAGUUCCUAGCUCCCAAUCCUUAGCUUCAAGGUGGCAUCUGCCUCUUGGAGCAGUUGUAUGUCCACUCGCAGAACCUCCGGAAGGGGAGGAGUUGUCUGUAGUUAGUUUUGCUCCUGCUAGUGUUGUACGCUGUAGAAGAUGUCGCACAUAUGUUAAUCCAUAUAUGACAUUUACAGAAGCUGGAAGAAAAUUCCGCUGCAAUGUCUGCACGUUACUUAAUGAUGUUCCUAGUGAAUAUUACGCACAAUUAGAUGCCACUGGCAAAAGAGUUGAUUUGGAUCAACGACCUGAGCUUACAAAGGGUACUGUAGAAUUUGUUGCUCCUGCUGAGUAUAUGGUGCGGCCUCCUAUGCCCCCAGUUUAUUUCUUCCUCAUCGAUGUUUCGAUAUCUGCUGUUAGAAGUGGCAUGAUUCAGAUUGUUGCUGAAACAAUCAAGUCAUGCUUAGAUGAGCUGCCUGGCUUUCCACGAACACAGAUAGGGUUUGCAACUUUUGACAGCACUAUACAUUUUUAUAAUAUGAAGUCAUCCCUGACUCAGCCACAGAUGUUAGUAGUCUCAGAUCUGGACGAUGUAUUUGUUCCACUGCCAGAUGAUCUUCUAGUUAACUUGUCUGAAUCAAGAAGUGUGGUUGAAACCUUCCUAGAUAGUUUACCAUCCAUGUUCCAGGACAAUGCUAAUGUGGAAUCAGCUUUUGGUCCUGCUCUCAAGGCUGUAUUUAUGGUUAUGAGUCAACUUGGAGGGAAAUUGCUUAUUUUUCAAAACACACUUCCAUCUCUUGGUGUUGGCCGUUUGAAAUUACGUGGAGAUGAUUCUCGUGUUUAUGGGACAGACAAAGAACAUGUGUUGAGAUUGCCUGAAGAUCCAUUUUAUAAGCAAAUGGCUGCUGAGUUUUCUAAAUUCCAAAUAUCAACAAACGUGUAUGCAUUCAGUGAUAAGUACACUGACAUAGCCUCCUUAGGAACUUUGGCAAAGUAUACUGCUGGUCAAGUGUAUUACUAUCCUGCUUUCCAGUCAGCAAUUCAUGGGGAGAAAUUGAGACAUGAGUUAAGAAGAGACCUUACUAGAGAAACCGCAUGGGAAGCUGUAAUGCGUAUUAGAUGUGCAAAAGGUGUUCGCUUCACAACUUAUCAUGGAAACUUUAUGCUAAGGUCCACUGAUUUGUUAGCACUCCCAGCUGUAGACUGUGAUAAAGCCUUCGCCAUGCAGUUAUCUCUUGAGGAGACAUUAUUGACAACUCAGACAAUGUAUUUCCAAGUUGCAUUGCUAUAUACAGCAUCUUGUGGAGAAAGGCGUAUCAGAGUACACACAAUGGCAGUUCCAGUUGUUACAGACUUGGGAGAGAUGUAUCGUUUGGCUGAUACCGGUGCUAUUGUAUCCCUGUUUAGUAGGCUUGCUAUUGAGAAAACAUUAUCCCAAAAACUAGAAGAUGCACGAACUGCUGUGCAACUAAAAAUUGUGAAAGCCCUGAAGGAAUAUCGAAACCUUUAUGCCGUGCAACAUCGCUUGGCCAACAGAAUGAUAUAUCCUGAGUCUUUAAAGUUCUUAAUGUUGUAUGGAUUAGCUCUUUGUAGAUCAAUGGCUCUUCGCGGAGGGUUUGGUGAUGCUCCCCUGGAUGAAAGAUGUGCUGCAGGGCACACAAUGAUGGUUCUACCAAUAAAAAGACUGUUGAAACUUCUCUAUCCUAGUUUGAUUCGACUUGAUGAAUAUCUCCUGAAAGUGGACCUGAAAAGUAUUGAGAGAAGGUUAGCCUUGACCAUGGAGAACUUGGAUUCUAGGGGCCUUUAUAUAUAUGAUGAUGGCUUCCGGUUCAUUUUAUGGUUUGGCAAGGGGGUUUCCCCUGAGAUAGCUAGAAAUUUACUUGGGGCAGACUUUGCAGCAGAAUUAUCAAAGGCUACACUCAGUGAGCAUGAUAAUGAAAUGUCAAGGGGGCUGAUGAGGGUACUUGAGAAAUUCAGAAACGCAGAUCGUGCAUACUACCAGCUGUGCUACCUUGUGAGGCAAGGUGAACAGCCCAGAGAAGGAUUCCUUCUUCUUACAAACCUUGUUGAGGACCAGAUGGGCGGUAAUAAUGGUUAUUCGGAUUGGAUGCUACAGAUAUCACGACAAGUUCAGCAAUGACAUUAAUGUAUGGGUAGGAUCUUUAUCUAUCUCAAAAGCGAGGACUAUUCCUUUCUCCGUCGGGAAUAAAUCGAUUCUAGCCUUCCGGGUGCAUCGUGAAGCAGGGAUUGUGGACUUGGUGGAUUGGUCGUAACUCGUGAGAAGGGUAACUUUGGACUUUGAACUGUUUGUUCGCCCUGAGAUGUGUGUUGAUUAGAUGAACUCUACAAUAGUGAUUAAAUUCAAACGUUCUUUCCUGUCUUGAUAUAUAGAUGGGAAAAAAAGACUGUUUUCCCUUAUUUUUCCUUGUGAGAUAAGUUAUCAUUUUGUGUCUUAUAUUUCCUUAGUUGUUAUUCUUUCAUUGUAGAGAAAGAAAGUAGACAGAGAGAAUAGAUGACAUGUGAAAUCAGUAUGCAAAAUCUUGAAUUUUGUUUGGCCACGAUCAUUAUUUAUUCUGCCGUAA